CCCACGCUUUCAAACACCCCCCUCUCUCUCCCCCGCUUCUCCCUCUCUCUCUUUCCCAUUCUAAAGAUCCUAAGCAAAACCCCAACUUGGUGUCCUUUUGUUCAUCUCCAACAUGGCAAGCAGAAGAGCUUCAAGGCUCACCAAGUCCCUUUUAGCGGCCUCCAUCAACGCCUCUAGGCCCGCGAGGCUCACACACUCCCAGCUUCGUGCUCGCGUAGUUUCUGGUUCCACUUGUAGUUUUCUCGGUAAUUCUGUCUCUUCUCUCUCUCGGCCUCUGGCUUUCGGCAGAGUUUCGGAUGGCAAUGUCGCUUCGGCGAAGUUUCUGGCUGACACUUUCAUGCGACGCCAGUUUCACUCUUCCACCCCCUCCUUCUACUCCGCCGCCAGCUCGUCUCAGGUUAAUCAGUCAGAGUUCACUGAGAUGGCAUGGGAGGGAGUUAUUGGCGCUGUGGAGGCAGCACGGCUUUUCAAACAACAAGUGGUGGAAUCCGAGCAUUUGAUGAAAGCCCUUCUGGAGCAAAAGGAUGGCUUAGCCAGGAGAAUAUUCACUAAGGCAGGACUUGACAACACGUCAGUUCUGCAGGCUACAGAUGACUUUAUAUCUAAACAACCAAAAGUGAUAGGUGACACUAGUGGCCCUAAAAUUGGCACACAUCUCAGUAACCUCUUGGACGUUGCCCGGAAACGUAAGAAAGAAAUGGGAGAUGAUUUUUUGUCAGUAGAGCAUCUUGUGUUGGCAUUCCUUCCAGACAAGAGGUUUGGGCAGCAGUUAUUUAGCAACCUCCAGCUCAGUGAAAAGGACUUGAAGGAUGCCGUUCAAGCUGUUCGCGGAAGUCAGAGAGUAACUGAUCAAAAUCCUGAAGGAAAAUAUGAGGCAUUGGAGAAAUAUGGGAAUGACUUGACUGAACUUGCAAGGCGAGGCAAACUUGAUCCUGUUAUAGGACGAGAUGAUGAAAUCCGGCGUUGUAUCCAGAUAUUAUCUAGGAGAACAAAAAAUAAUCCUGUUAUUAUUGGUGAACCUGGUGUGGGGAAGACUGCAAUUGCUGAAGGAUUAGCUCAACGGAUUGUGCGGGGGGAUGUACCAGAGCCACUGUUGAAUCGGAAGUUAAUCUCCCUAGAUAUGGGUUCAUUGGUUGCUGGUGCCAAGUUUCGUGGAGACUUUGAGGAAAGAUUGAAAGCUGUCUUGAAGGAGGUCACUUCUUCAAAUGGGCAGAUUAUUUUAUUCAUUGAUGAGAUCCAUACUGUUGUUGGUGCAGGUGCUACAAGUGGUGCAAUGGAUGCUGGGAACUUGUUGAAACCGAUGCUUGGUCGAGGCGAGCUUCGAUGUAUCGGAGCAACUACAUUGAAUGAGUACAGGAAAUACAUUGAGAAGGAUCCUGCACUUGAGCGGAGAUUCCAACAAGUGUUCUGUGAUCAACCAUCAGUUGAAGACACAAUAUCUAUUCUUCGUGGAUUGCGAGAGCGCUAUGAGCUGCAUCAUGGUGUUAAAAUAUCAGAUAGCGCUCUCGUUUCAGCAGCAGUUCUAGCAGGUCGAUACAUUACAGGACGUUUUUUGCCUGAUAAAGCCAUUGAUCUUGUUGAUGAAGCUGCUGCAAAGCUGAAAAUGGAAAUGACUUCUAAGCCUACGGAGUUAGAUGAGAUAGAUAGAGCUGUUCUAAAGUUGGAGAUGGAGAAGCUAUCUCUGAAAAACGACACUGAUAAAGCAUCCAAAGAAAGGUUAAGCAAGCUAGAAAAUGAUUUGACUUUGCUCAAACAAAAACAGAAAGAAUUUACUGAGCUGUGGGAACAUGAGAAGGCUCUCAUGACACGGAUAAGAUCAAUUAAAGAGGAGAUUGGUAGAGUUAACCUAGAGAUGGAAGCUGCUGAGCGUGAGUAUGACCUAAAUCGUGCAGCUGAACUAAGAUAUGGAACCCUAAUAUCCCUUCAACGACAAUUAGAAGAGGCAGAGAAGAACCUUGCAGAGUUCCAGAAGUCUGGAAAAUCUUUGCUUCGAGAAGAGGUCACUGAUCUUGAUAUUGCUGAGAUUGUAAGCAAAUGGACUGGUAUACCCUUAUCAAAUCUUCAACAAUCCGAGAGAGACAAGUUGGUCUUGCUGGAAGAGGUUCUUCACAAGAGGGUGGUUGGUCAAGAUAUGGCGGUUAAAUCAGUUGCAGAUGCUAUCCGACGCUCGAGGGCAGGAUUAUCUGACCCAAAUCGACCCAUAGCAAGUUUCAUGUUCAUGGGCCCUACUGGUGUUGGGAAAACAGAGCUUGCAAAGGCCUUGGCUGGUUAUCUUUUUAACACAGAAAAUGCUCUUGUGAGAAUCGAUAUGAGCGAGUACAUGGAAAAACAUGCAGUUUCGCGCCUGGUCGGGGCCCCACCUGGCUAUGUUGGUUAUGAAGAAGGUGGGCAGCUAACUGAAGUGGUUCGUCGAAGACCUUAUUCUGUUGUACUCUUUGAUGAAAUAGAGAAAGCGCAUCAUGAUGUCUUCAACAUUUUGUUACAGUUGUUGGAUGAUGGAAGAAUAACUGAUUCUCAAGGGAGGACCGUUAGUUUUACGAAUUGUGUUGUGAUAAUGACCUCGAACAUCGGCUCCCAUUAUAUACUUGAGACUCUUAGCACACCGGGUGACAAGAAAGCAGUUUAUGAUUUGAUGAAGAAACAAGUUGUUGAGUUGGCUAGACAAACUUUCCGCCCAGAAUUCAUGAAUCGAAUUGACGAGUAUAUUGUGUUCCAGCCUCUGGACUCCAAUCAAAUAAGUAAAAUUGUCGAGAUACAGCUGGAUCGUUUGAAAGACAGGCUCAAACAGAAGAAAAUUGAUCUUCAUUACACAAAGGAAGCUGUCGAGCUUCUUGGGACGCUGGGUUUUGACCCGAACUUUGGAGCGAGGCCGGUUAAGAGGGUAAUACAACAGUUGGUUGAGAAUGAAAUUGCAAUGGGAAUCUUGAGGGGAGAUUUCAACGAGGACGACUCGAUCGUUGUUGAUGCCGAUGUGUCUACGUCAGCCAAAGACCUUCCUCCUCAGAAGAGAUUGCUCAUAAAGAAACUGGAGAGCAGCUCUGCAAUGGAUGCAAUGGCUGCCAAUGAUUGAGUUUGCGUUUUGGAGCCUGUAAAUGUUGUGAAUAAAUGUCCGGGUACGCGUUAUGGGGUCGUAAAUAUGGUGAAUAAAAGGUAUGUUUUGAGUUUUGCCUUCUAGUAUGAUGACAAAGGCAUCAGAGUUUAUGUGCUUUUUAAUCAAGUUGUGUAGCUACUGGCCUGGUUUUCUUAGCACAUGGAAACGUUGUGUACUUGAACCUUUUUGUUAAACUUUCUGGACAACACAAAGUUUUGCAAACUUUAAUUUCUAAUGGUAUGAAACGUAUUAUUGGAUA